GUCUUCGUUUUUCGAAGGUAUGCAGACACCAGCACACCCGCGCCACGAGGUGUGGGAUCGACGCUGUUUUGGGUCUGUAGAUGGUUUUCUAGCGUAUGUACGAAAAUUAGGCACAGAGAGAGUUUGGUGUUGGCAGAGUACAUGUGCGUGCCUGCGUGCGUGCUCGCUCUCAGGGUGCGCUCGUUUGCAGUUUGUUCAGAGUGCUGCGCGAGUGCUGCACUGCACAGGUGUCGGGGUGGGAUCGCCGCAAAUUUUUGUGUGCGUCGAGGCUGUGGGACGAGGAUAGUGAGGGAUACUAGGAGGCCUUUUUAUCUGUCUGAUCCUGUGGCGAACAGAAAGAGGAUCUCUGGCGAAUACAUGGGCGGAGUACAGGUCCACUCGGUUGGUGCUUAUAACUGGUCAGGAUUAGAGCUGAUUUGACAGACGUCAAUAAACGAACCCGGGAAGCGCAUGAUUUCACUCGGAAAUCAAGGGUGUGGAGAAUGCCUGCAGCUAGAUCCCAGGGGGCGAAAGGGUCUCUUGGUGCCAAAGAAAAUGCUGAUGGUGAUCAAAAUGGAGCUGAUGGGCAGUCUCUGGUGGUCCAAGAGAGAGGCAGGCCGAGAAAGUCCGUCAAGCGAGCUGCUGAAAGUACUAGUCAAACUAUAACAGGGGUAGUCGUCAAGAAGCCACUCGGAAGACCACGGAAGCGCCCCAAGCUACAGGCAACGGAAGAGGUUCCCAUUGAGCCUGUAGAAGGAAACGAGACAGAGCCCCAGCAGACUAUUUCCAAAUCUCCCCCUGCCAAUUGUACUGUGAAGAUUCCUAGAAAACGAAAUGGGCAGAAGUCCAAGAGAAAGGUUACGAAGACCUUGCUGGUGAACGGGAAGAAGCUAGGAGGUUCUUCUGAAGCUUUGGAAUCCUCUGAAACACCAGGCAGGCUGCGCAGGAGAAGAGCUUCGAAGGAAUGUAAGGAAAGCGAAGGCCAUGACGAAGGACAAGGUAAAGAGAAUGGCAGCAAAAAUCUGAGGUCUCACGUUAAAGCCUCCAAUCGUACAGGAACUUCCAAAGGUGCCUCAGUUGCCGGGUCCUCUGAAGAUAACAACGAGGGUGAACAAGACGACGAUUCUGGGAAGCAGCGCAAGAGGAGGCGAAAGCGUCGGAAGAGUGGUAUGCACUCACAAGUCGAUGAUAAACUAAGGAUCAAACGACGGGUGAAGAACUUGGUCAACAGGAUAAGGCAGGAACAGAAUUUCAUAGAUGCAUACGCCGGUGAAGGUUGGAAAGGCCAAAGUCGGGAGAAAAUAAGACCUGAGAAGGAGCUGCAAAGAGCUGAAUCUCAGAUUUUACGGUGCAAGCUUGCAAUUCGUGAAUCUAUACACGAGCUCGAUAAUUUGGGCUUGGAGGGAUCACUUCAGCAAUCAGCUUUUGAUGAGGAAGGAAGAAUCUUCCACGAAGAGAUUUUUUGUGCGAAAUGCAAAUCACAGGAUGCACAUAUUGAUAAUGACAUUAUAUUAUGUGACGGGGCUUGUGACCGUGGUUUCCAUCAAGAGUGUUUGGAACCACCACUGGCAACUGCUGACAUUCCACCAGGGGAUGAAGGUUGGCUUUGCCCUGUUUGCGAUUCGAAAGUUGAGUGCCUCAACUACAUGAAUGGAUAUAUGGGCACGGAGUUUCAAGUCGAAGAUCAGUGGGAGGAUCUCUUUGCUGAAGAUGCAGAAAAAGCUGCUGGUGGUUGUACAUCGAAUGCAAUGGAAGAAGACUGGCCUUCUGAGGACUCAGAGGAUGAUGAUUAUGACCCCGAGAGAGCGAAGGUUAUCAAAGAUAACAAAGAUGACAAAGAUGAAGAUGAUGAAGAGAAGAAACUGGCGGACUCUUUAGAUUCAUCUAGCGACUCCGGAAGUGAGUCAGAAGCGACAUCAGGGUCUGCUGCAUCCAGUGACGAUGACUCAGACAAUUCUCUCGUGAGCGGCGACGAAUUAGCCCACCAAGGAAAGAGACGUCAGAGAAAAGAUGGAGAAGGGAGAACUCCAGUGAAUGAGGAUGUGGAUGCUAAUACGCAAGAUCACGCAAACAUCUUGGCUGCCGAAGAAGAAGAAGUAGCUGCAGUAUCUGGGAAGAGACAGCGCAAGCCAGUUGACUACAAGAAACUUCAUGAUGAAAUGUUCGGCAAGGCAGAUGUGGAUGAUGAUGAUCAGCCCUCGGAGGACGAGGAGUGGGGUCCCGGAAGAGGACGCAGGAGAGGGAGAGCCGAAGCUGUGAAUGGAGGAGUGAAACCAGACACUAAUGGUGCUGAAACCGGAAAAGAAAUGGCAAAGGAGCCCAAGAGAAGAAACAGGAGAAAAUCCACCAGUGCACAGGUUGCUAAUGGACAACAAGCAUUAAGUGGACAACAAUCUGACGACGGGAAGACAUAUCGCAGACUACCGGAUAAUGCAGUCGAGAUGUUACGUCAAGAGUUCGAUUCGGGGACCUGUUUCCCAACAAGAGUCUACAAAGAAACUCUGGCCGAGAAACUUGGUAUAUCAUAUCAGCAGAUCUGUUCCUGGUUCAAGAAUGCGAGACAUGCCGCGAAGAUUGGCAUGGGGCAUAACUCAUCACCCAAGAUGUCAAGAAAGAAGGAAAACGCCACCAGCGAGCUGUUUGGAAGUGGAGAUGGUGGGAUGGACGAAAUAGAGGUGACAAAUGGUAUACUAGUGGAGAAGCUUGAUGAGGUGCAUUUGAAACUCCAACAGCUGAAGCACACUUUGGAAGCCAUAAUCUCCACAUCAGAAACAUCUAAUGGAAACAGACACACUGGGAUACCUGCAGAUGGAAUCCCUGAGAAUGGGGUAGUUCUACCAAAUGGCAGGCGCGUUGUGUACGUACCGGUCGCUGAGGUAAUAGAGAAGGAAUCUUGAUGUACAAUGUUUGGACGUUCGCUCAAUGAAGUCCUGUGAGGUGGAAUACAAGAAGAGGAUUGAGACGAGAGUUUAUCGAAUGUUGGGAGGAAAGUCUUAUGAUCACCACUCAUGCAGGAGGACUGCUAACAAUACUUACUGAUGAUGGGAUGCGCAUCCCAAAUGAGUUGCGUGUGAUCUCGACAAGUUUCUGGAGGUUUCGAGACAUUUUCUCCUCGCUUGAUGAAGCUUCAUGUACAAAAAUAUAUCAGCUCACUAGAGGAGGAGAAAUAUUCUUCACCACUGCUAAUUGGCAGAGGAUAGAGGUUCGUGGUUUUCUGUUCUGUCUUCUUCCUGUCCCUUUUGUCUUAAUCUGUUCCUGCACUAAGUGAGGAGUUACCGAGCUCCGCCUUGUGGAAUAGACAGGCACACGUUGUGAUCUGGAGUAGAAGUUUUACCUGGAGAAAGCAUACCGUUCGUUCCCAUUGAAAAGCAGACUCUGAGAUGGAUUGGAUCGGUACAUUUCCUUGUCACAUGCCUUAGAUUCCCAGAUUGGACGUGUGGACGACACGGUUUAGGUUGAGGUGGUAGUACAGAACUUAAGCCCAAAGGAGAAGCAGUAAAGAUGAUUACCUAGCUUCAUGUGGAUUACAUAGUAGAGGUAGUCGAUGAGAAGUUUAGCGCAGAGGUGCAACAGCAUCCUUGACAUUCAGGUCGAUUGACCAUUACUUGUUUUGAUGUUGUGGAUGAGCUCGGUGAUGACGGACACAUCUUGACUUGAAGAGUGUCUCAGGCAACAAAUGCGCAGUUGACGAAUUACAUGU